AUGAAGUGUAUGUUCUGUUUGAAUUUGGACAACGAAAAUAACUUAAUACACAUUAAUGAUAGACUGGAUGAGAACAAUGAAUAUGUAGCUGCAGAUUUAAUUAGGAUACACUUUCCAUUUGCAGAGAAAAUAUUAAGGAACAGUGAAAAUGAAGGAAUCUGUCACAAUUGCUGGCUUAAUGUCGAUUCCUUUCAUGAGUUCUUUACGUUGGUUGCCAAUAACUAUGGUAUGGAAGGGAAUAUUAAGUACGACACAAGCUGUAUGGAUGUUGAAGAUACAGAUGCUUUAAAAACUGAAGAUUUGAUUGUUUACGAUAUUGUCGAUGUAAAUCAUCAGGAUGAUAAAGAAAUAUUUGAUGAAAAUCUCAUAAAGGAAGAGACAUCAGAACUAGAUGAGACAAUAACGGAAUGGAUUUCUGAAGAGAAUUCACAGUAUACACCAAAGAGUAAAUUUGAUUUGCAAUAUUACGGUUCAGAAAAUGAUACAGCUGAUGAUCAAAGAAUCCGAGAAACAGCAAAUAUGCUUUGUGAUUUGUGUUCAAUUCCUCUUGAGAGUCUCAGGGAUGCAAAAUCUCAUUUCAAACAUGCUCAUCAAAUAGAAGGAUAUUUGAUGUGUUGCAAUAGGAAAUUCAGACAGAGAUGUAGACUUGUAGAGCACGUAAAUACUCAUUAUAACUAUUCAUAUCCAUGUCCAAUUUGUGGCAAAACAUUUGAUUCUAAGAGCUAUUUAUCCAAACACUUGGCAUGUCAUGAAACUAUUAAAGAAUAUAAAUGUGAUCACUGUCCAAAGUCCUUUGCAAAGAAAUUUCAGGUUCGAAAUCAUUUACUUUCCGUUCAUAUAUUCGACAAUGUCGAGGCUCAGUUUGAAUGUCCAAUACAAGAUUGCUUUAAAAAGUUUGUGAAUCAGGCGCGACUUAAACAUCACAUCGACUAUACACAUGCAGCAACAAAUAUGGAAAUUUGUGAAAUAUGCUCCAAGACAUUCAAGACAAAGAGUGCGAUAGAGGAACACAAAAAGACUCAUUUAAGGAAACCUGAAGAUAGAAUCAAGUGUGAAAUUUGUGGACAUUAUCUUGGUGAUCUUAAAUCCUUUAAUCGUCAUGUCAAAAAUCAUGCUACGGAAGCUCAAGAGAAUCAAUGUUCUUAUUGCGGCAAACGAUCUCCAAAUUUAAAUGCCCUGAAAAAGCACAUUCGUUAUGUUCAUGAAAUGGCAAAAAAUUUCACCUGCAAAUAUUGCGACAAAAGUUUUAAAAGACCGCGCAAUCUCAUCGAUCACGAAGCUUCUGUUCAUACAUUGCAAGAUCUUUACACCUGUACAUUUUGUCCUAGAACUUUUCGUAAUCAAUCAAAUAUGUUGUCGCAUAGAAAGAAGCAACAUCCAGAUCAAUAUCAAAAACCGUCGUAUAUGCGAGACGAUGUCGUUGUUUAG